GGGGGUGAGGCAUUGCUGAGGCAGUCACAGUGUUACGUUCCCUGCCAGAGGGUGAACGUGUGUGUAUGUGUGCGUGCGCCUGGUAAGGAGGCCGCAAGUGUCUGUCCUUGGGUUCUGCACACUAAUCUACUGUGUGUCUCCUGUCAUCUGUCUGAACAGUUCCUCAGGUGUGGAGGUAACGCCGCGAUGAGGAGGAGAGGCAUGGUGGCGGCGGUGGUGCUGGCUGUGGUGAUCGCCGCGGUGUGUGGGGAGCAGCAGAGCCAGGGGCAGGAGUGUAGGGCGCAGAGGACGUGUGACAAAUGCAUCCAAACGAAAGGGUGUUCGUGGUGCAUCAAUCCCCAGAGCGGGGAUCACUGCCAACUUGCCGCCAACUUUAAUGCAUCCUUCUGUAACGCCAAUGACAUCAGGAACCCACACAACACCGUGACACUGGUACAGAACGAGGAGCUAACAGGCACAAUCCAGAAGAACAGGAAAGAAUGGGACAAAAACGCGGAGAUUUACCAACUAAAGCCACAAAGAGUGAAGCUCCAGCUGCGCAAGGGGAUGCCACAGAAACUGGACAUCAAGUACCGGCGCGCCCUUGACUACCCCGUCGACCUGUACUACCUCAUGGACCUCUCCAACUCCAUGAAGGACGACAAGGAGCAUCUGGCCAACGCGGGCGCUAUUCUGGCAGAGACCAUGAGGAACCUUACAACGCAGUUCACCCUCGGCUUCGGCUCCUUCGUGGACAAGGUCAUGAUGCCUUUCACCAACACCACCCAGCUCCAUAAUUCAGCCCCGUGCGCCGGCUGCCCCCCUUACUCCUUCAGGAAUGACAUGAAGCUUAGUCAGGACCACGCAGCCUUCACGGAGCAAGUGUCCAACGCCCAGAUCUCUGGCAACCUGGACCAUCCCGAGGGCGGGUUCGAUGCACUGAUGCAGGCCAUGGUGUGCACAGAUCAGAUUGGGUGGCGGGACAAGGUGCGCCACAUUCUCGUCUUCUCCACUGACGCGAAGUUCCAUCACGCUGGCGACGGACGGCUGGCAGGGGUGGUGGAGCCCAAUGAUGAGAAGUGUCACCUGAACGAAGACAACGAGUACACGGCCUUUGACAAGUACGACUACCCAUCCAUUGCACAGAUCAACAAAGUGGCAGAGGAAAAGAACAUCAACAUCAUCUUCGCCGUGCUGCAGAACGAGAGACUCUACCGCGAACUUCAGCAACAGAUCAAAACCUCUUCCUUUGGCUUGCUGGAGGAAGGAUCGGCGAACGUGGUGGACCUCAUCAAGGAACAGUACAAUAGCAUCUCGAGCAGCGUGUCCCUCACAGACAAUAGCACCAGCGCCAUCACCAUCAAGUACAGCUCCUCCUGCAAGGGGAGUGUGGUCAGGGAGACCAGGGACUGUGACGGCAUUAGCGAGGACGACGAGGUAACCUUCAACCUGGAGAUCACGGCCAACACGUGUUCGGGUGGGGAGCAAUCCAUUGUGGAGGUGAAGACUCUGGAGGCGAGCGUGAUUCUUGAGAUUGAACUCCUGUGUACCUGUGACUGCCCCCUUGAUGUUUCCAGCUCACAGUGCAAAAACGGCGGCUCCCUGACAUGCGGCGUGUGCGAGUGCCCGAGUGGCUUUUACGGAGAGGAGUGUCAGUGUGCGAGUGGCGGCGAGUCCCAAGAUAUAAGGCAAAUCCACGACCAGACCAGCAAGUGCAUGGCCAGCGAGACGGACACAAGGCCUUGCUCGGGGCGCGGCGCCUGCAAGUGUGGCGUCUGCAACUGUUUCAAGCCUGAGGAGGUGUCCGGGACUUACUGCCAGUGUAAUAAGCGGAAAUGCAUGAGCUCUAACAAGCUGGAGUGCUCAGGUCAUGGCACAUGUGACUGCAACGAGUGUAGAUGUAAUGAGGGAUACUCUGGCGUCCACUGUCAUUGUAACGACCAAGACUGCAUCCCGACAGGGUCUGAAGAGGCGUGCUCGGGCCACGGCAAGUGUGAUUGUGGCCGUUGCAUCUGUGACCAGCAGAAGAACGUCACCUACACGGGCCGCUUCUGUGAGGACUGCCUGAGUUGUGGUGGAGGGAAGUGCAAAAAGUUCAGAGACUGUGUGCAGUGUUUCCACUUUGGGAUUGGCCCACUCAAGGACAACUGCGAACAGUGCGAAUUCUCCAAAGCUGUGGAGAAUCUGGAUGACUACAUGUACGAAAACUCCCGCCUGUGUACCUUCGAGGACGAGGACGGCUGCUACCUGAAUUUCACCUACCGCUACCUGGAGGCCACCAACAAGGACGAGGUGCACGUGCAGGCAGAGAGGAAGUGCCGUGAAAAGCCACCCAUUGCAGCCAUCGUGUUCGCUCUGAUCGGCACCAUCGUGGGCAUCGGCGUGCUCUCCCUCAUUCUGUGGAAGAUCUUCACCACCAUCCACGACAAGCGGGAGUACGCCAAGUUCCUGGAGGAGACCAAGCGACCUCAGUUCAAUGCUGAGCAAAACCCGCUGUUUAUUGACCCCAACACCACCACGCAGAACCCGAUGUUUGAGGGCCAGAAACACUGACGCGUGGCGGUGACUAGGAACUCUCAAGCCUACCACGCACAGUUGGGUUAAGUUAGGUAGUUAGGUUAGGUUAGCUGGUCAGUUUAGGUUAGGUUAGGUGAGUUACGAGGUGAACUCCAUCUUCUAUAACUCACUACACACAGUUAGGUCAGGUUAGGUUAGGUUUGCUCUUCCAACCCAAUCGUUCUCAAUUUAUUUAUUUAUUUUCAUGAGUAACCAUUUUUGGAACUUUUUUUUAACUCUUCGUGACCCAGACAAAAUAAUAAAUAAAUAAAUAAAUAAAUAAAAUAAAAUAAAAGGAAAAGAAAAACCUACAGUGGUAUAUAAUCUUUACCUUCAAAAUAUAUAAUCUCUAUCUUUGUCUUAACUAAAGUGAGAUGGUGGACAAAGAACUAAAUAAAUGCAACCACUGACUGACUGGCUGGCGGUCUGUUUGGGUGGCAGUCCAGGGCCACCACCCACCAGCUCAACACACGCGCUUGGUACAGACGUGGCUCUUGUCAGGGCCAUCACUAGGCUGGGUCCAGACAGAGAGGCGGGGCGGGGAGGGGAUGUGGGGAGAGAAUAAAAGGGCAUUACGUUAUCCAUUUCUGAUUGGAUUGUAAAGAAAUGCACGUCAUUCAAAGAGAAAAGUAAUUUAGUGUAUAAUUUAUAACAUUUGAGACACACACACACACACACACACACACACACACACACACACACACACACACACACACACACACACACACAAAAAAAAAAAAAAAAAAUAGUACUUUUUCCAACACACACAAGCUGAUGUGAAAAAAAAUAAAUAAAUAAAAUAAAAGCAGAUCUACGUAAAAACACAGGAGUGACAUCACAGGGGAGGGCCAGACAGCUGCCUGGCGGUGUGAAGAUGGCAAUCCCAAAUAAAUAAUAUACACUGAA